AAACUCUUCACAACGAGCGCCUUUCAGCCCGUAGCGAUGCCAUUGUCACUGGAACAUGGCGCGUCGCCGAGCAGGUGUGAGGUGUUUUGUCCGUGUUUUUCGAUGACCGUGGCAGUAGCGCUGGGAAUCAUAGGCUUCGUUAAUUGGGAGCAAGGCUUUUUCUUCAGCCCGGAUGAGUCUGCCGGUGGCUGCCAGGGCCCGGAGUUUCACUUCAGAGAUCGGGAAAGGCAAUGGAGGAGUGCCUGGACUGGCAGCUGCGCUUUCCUCUAUCGAAAUGAGCCAGAAGACUUGCAGGUGUUCCAUUGGAAGCAUCCGCGGAGCGAGGAAUAUGAUUCCUGCUACAGGUUGGCAUGCAAGGAGUUUUGCUCAAUGCAUUGGUGUUUGGCCAAGACGGUUGCAGCCGUCCUUUGGGGCUUCACAGCGCUGCUGGUGCUGUCAGCACUUUUGUGUUGUGCGAGCGUAGGCUACAAGAUGGGUGAGCAAAGGGCAACUAAUCGCCAUCGCGAACUAGGCAAAUGCACCAGCAGCCACUCUGAGAGCACAGGCCAGGUUUGAAGUGAGUGGUGGCAAGUCACGGCACUCACCAAUCGUUGGUUGAUUGCCUGCGUUUGGUGGGUUCCUUUUUUGUUUGCUAAAGGCUUGGUGAACAGGGCCACAGUCAAAAACCUUGGCUGGCUGCAGUGUAGCGAGCCUUGUCCAGGCAAGGCUAGAACUGCUGAAGCAUGGAGACAUUGGAGAAGCUCAGAGAAUUCUUG